UACUAGUAUCUUUGCAAUCGCAUUCCCUGUGUCUGCUAACAUACACUAUCAUAUCCAUGGCUGAAGCAGUAGUCAUGGAAGUUCCCGAGGCUGAACAAACCCUUCCCUCGCCGGAAAACAUCCAAGACAAAGCCCCUCUCCCCACUCCACCGCCGGCCGAAGACCACCCCUCAAAACUCCCCGAAAACGAGGCCAAAUCACUACAAGAGCUCAAACACCUCCUCCGCCACGCCCUCCUCCACCACACCCUCCUCAGCAUCUCCUCCACUCCUUCCCCUCCUCCGCCGCAAACAAUCGCCAUGACCCUCCUCGACGACGCAGACGGCGCCAAGACCCUCGAAGCCAUCGAGGAGACCGUCGUCACCCGCCCCCAAGAAGCCUCCAUCUUCGGCAUCAAGCUUCUAGAAGACGACGAGCGCAGCGACGUCCUCCUCCUCAAAUUCCUCCGCGCCCGAGACCUCAAACCCAACCACGCCUUCGCCAUGCUCGACAACACCCUCAAAUGGAGGAAAGACUUCGGCAUUGAUGACGAAGAGGAAGAGGAAGAGGAAGAAGAAUUUGAGAAGGCGGUGUUCAUGCACGGCCGCAGCAAAGAGGGCCACCCCGUCUGCUACAACGUCUACGGCGAAUUCCGCGACGGAGAUGAGGAGAAGAGAAGAAGGUUCUUGAGGUGGAGGGUUCGGUUCAUGGAGAAGAGUGUGAGAAAUUUGGAUUUCAGACAUGGAGGAGUUUCCACCAUUGUUCAAGUGAAUGACCUCAAUAACUCCCCUGGCUUCAACAGAUGGGAGCUCAUUCAAGCUCUUCACCUCUUUCAGGAUAAUUAUCCUGAAUUUGUUGCCAAACAGAUUUUCAUUAAUGUUCCAUGGUGGUAUUUGGCUCUGAGCAAAAUGAUGAGCCCAUUUCUGACUCAGAGGAUCAAGAGCAAGUUUGUGGUGGCUGGCCCUUCCAAAUCUGCUCACACACUUUUCAAGUAUAUAUCUGCUGAGGAAAUUCCGGCAAAAUAUGGAGGACUGAGCAAAGAAGGAGAGUUUGAAGCAGGUGAUAGUGUUACUGAGAUUCUUGUGAAGCCUUCAUCCAACCACAUUGUUGAAAUUCCUGUCAAUAAGGGAUGUGUUGUGAGUUGGGAGGCUCGGGUGGUGGGAUGGGAAGUGAGGUAUGGUGCGGAAUUUGUGCCGAGGGAUGAAGAUGGAUACACAAUUAUAAUACAGAAGAAUAGGAGGAUUGGAGGGAAGGAGGAGCAAGUUGUGUGUAGUAGCUACAAGGUUUGCGAUGAUGGUAAAGUGCUUCUCACAUUCAACAAUCUCACCUCCAAGAACAAGAUGCUGCUCUACCGCUACAAAACUAAGCUUUCUCAUUAAAAAUCUGUUAAUGUUGAUGUUGAUGACGAGAUUCAACACUUUCUA